CCAGACCCCCACCUGUUUUUAGGAUCCAAAUACACCGCCCUCCACAUCAGAUACGCGAUGGCCCCAUCCAGAGAAAAUAAAACAUCGGCCCUAGCCAGAUUCUGGAUGGGGUCAUACCUAAGGAGUUUGAGCAUUUUAAAACCCAGUCUGACAUGUCCAGUAUCUUUUAAUCUGCCCCCCCCAGUAUCUUUUUAUCAAAAAGUUUUUAAAGCAAUAUGAUCUGGAGGGGCAGAAUGUCACUGUUUUAACUAACGCGAAAAUGCUUGUCUCUCUUGUGCAGGACCGGGAGAAGGUGAGCCCCGUUCCUGGACUCACAACAUGUGAGGCCAAACGGGUGUGGAGGAACGUGGCCCACCCCGCCCUCCAGAACAAACAGAAGGAUUUGUCGUGGAUGGCGGCCCAUGAGAUCCUCCCGGUCAGGGCCGUGAUGCAUUCCCGGGGCAUGGCAAAGAACCCCAUCUGCCCACGGUCCGGGUGCGGCAAACCGGAGACCGUGAGGCAUGUGUUCUGGGAGUGCAGCGUGGCAGGGGACCUGUGGGCCGCGACCGGCCCCCUGACAAGCCCGAACCUGCCGGCGGGGGAGGUCCGCCCACUGGAGUACCGGGCAGCGGUACAUGGGGUGGGUCAGAGGCUGGAGAGUCUACCAGCCGCCGACUUUACUGCGCUCUGGCUCACCCUAAACAGUGUGAAGGCCGCAUUGUGGACCUCCAGGAACCUGCUUGUAUUUACGUAUUUAUUGGUUUUUACCCACCCACUGUUUUUACCACACAAACAUGGACUUUUUUACAUACAUUUCAUGGACUUUUACACACAAGCACACACACACCCUGUUUUAUGUAUUUAUUUCAAAAAAGGACUUUUAAAAAGGGGUGAAAAGUGUGAAAAAGAAAUGUAAAGAACGUGUAAAAAGAAAA